GCGAGAGAAAUCGAAGCAUCCUCCUCCUGCGAUCUGCGAAACUCUCCUCAUCACAGUCUCUCGACACCGCAUCCAAUAUCAACACCUUCCGCGAGAUCAUUCAUCGGCGAGCAGGAGCAAAGCUCAGCUACCCGCAAUCAUUCUUCGAAAAUGGACAUGGCUCCAGAUCAUUUUGCGUACACAGAUCCACAAAUUGAGUCCUCUACGGAAGCAACAGCGCGCCUGCGAUGCCAGCAACCGCCCCUCGGCGCCGAUCUCUCACGAGACUACUUCCCGACCUCGAACUACACCACUUCCAGCAAGCGUGCAGACUCGAAACUGAGCGAAGACAUCAGUUCUUCCACACAUGGAUCUGAAGGAGUGUCAUCCGAACCCACCAACUGGCAUAUUGAUCUCGACAACUCCUCCCUUCAUAGCGAUCAGUCUUUCGACCUGGGCUACAAGAGUCGACCCGCUCCGCCAUGUCUAUACAAACAGCACACGAGGGUCUGGAAUUCGCAGUAUACCAGGCCACUGAAGGACAUGUUGACCGAAAUCCUGGAAGUGCGCUAUCCGCAGCGUGAAGCAGGCAUCGCUACGGAGAGGACGGCGUUGCUCGGGGUCGGAGAUAGGAGUACCAGUCAGAAGGAGAGGUGCUCGUUGAUGUCGUGGUUUCCAUACUUUGCUACUAUGAUCAGGGGCUGAUUCGGGUCAAGACAAGAUCAGGCCUCAGAAUUGAUAUCAAAGUCGGAUGGGAUAGUCCUCGAGUGUCAUUCAGCUCGAAUCACAUCAUCAAUGGUUGGUAGCACCUCGAUCCGUGUUGUAUUUCGUCCCAAAGUUUGAAGUGCUUCCCUCUCGUCAAUGUAGCUCACUAGACAUC